AUGUGUGUUUUCACAUUUCUUGUAUUUUUGGGAAUCCUUCUCUGUGCACCAUACCAGUGCUCUGGUUGUCCUUUGGGCUGUGAGUGUUUUUCUGUCACUCGCACAGUGAAAUGUGUUUCCACGGAUCUGCACACAGUGCCUCAAAGUAUUCCAGGAUAUUCAAAGACGGUCAUCGUCACAGGGAACGAUAUAAACCAGAUUGGACCUGAUUCAUUUUCAGAUCUGGAGAAUGUCACCAACAUCAUUUUAAGCAAUAAUAGGUGAGAAUGUUAGCCUUUGUUUUGUUUUGCUUCAUUCAUGUACAUUCAGCCAUAUUUAAAAGACUGACUAUCUUGAUGUGUCUUGCAGAAAUAAAUUAUUUCUUUGACUCUGAAAGUCUUUCUGUUUUCUCUAAUAGCGCAGUAAAGUGCAUGGUGUGUAUUAAAGCACGAGUAUCAUAGUAAAUAUGUUGAGACAUAUAACAGCGUGAGUGAUGUUCACAGGAUCACAGAGAUGGCGUCCCACAGCUUCUCUGCUCUCCUCAAUCUGCGCUUCCUGGACCUCAGCAGGAACCAGCUGGCCCUCAUCCAUCCAGAAGCCUUCAGCAUACCUGGCAGCCCCCUUCAGGAGCUUAACCUGAGCCGCUCGCUGCACAACUACACCGCUCUCACAGAUCUCACUACGGCUCUGCGUUGGGGUGGCCUCUGGGGUCUUCUUCGCCUCGACCUCUCUGGGAACCACCUCACCCUGCUGCCUCCUGGCAUGUUCUCCCACCUUUCGAACCUACAACAACUCCUCCUCGCCAACAACUCCCUGGUGGCUGUCUACAGUGGGACCUUCUCUGGCAUGAGUCAUCUGCAGGUUCUGGACCUGACUCACAAUGACUUUAGGACCUUUAGUGAGGACGCUCUACAGGAACUUGAGAAGCUCGACAGCAUCCAGAUCCUUCUGGGUGACAAUCCCUACACCUGCUCCUGUGAGAUUCGAGAGUUUGUGUCCUGGCUGAAUGAAUCCAGAGCUCAAGUAGACGUUGAAGCUGUGAGGUGUGUUUCUCCGAGAGGAUUAAGAGACACCCAGGUGCGAGGGCUUGGCGUCCAAGCCAUUGGAUGUGUUGUUUCGGUGCAGGCUGAAGUGGCUGACCUCACUCUGCAGACAUCAUAUGUGUUCCUCGGGCUGGUGCUCGGGUUUGUGGGCAUGGUGUUUCUUUUUGUGCUUUACCUUAACCGCAAAGGCAUGAAGAAGUGGAUCAAUGACAUGAGAGAUGCAUGUCGAGAUGUCCUGGAGGGUUAUCACUAUCGGUAUGAGAUUGAUUCAGAUCCUCGGCUGGGGCAAAUCCCGGCAGGUAACAGGGGCAGCCAGGCACAGGGGCAUUUGAGAUCAGCUAAAUCACAGCACCUCCCCAAUGAUAACUGUAUUAUCCGUCUCCCUGCAGACACACAGAUUAAACAGGGGACAACCUCUCCACCACAGAGCCUAUGA